UUUGGUUUUUUUUUUCGACAGGACAUCAAUUAUUUUCCACUCAAUCUGUGAAAGUAGUGCGUCAGAACCCAUAUUCAGCCUUUCUGUCAUCACCCCUGUUUGAUUUUCCUCGCAUGUGAAUGAGAGACGCCGCAUAAUCGAGAUGGCCCAAGAAUUGAACUACUUGGAGCUGUUCGGGAUGAUCAGGAGUGGAACGGUAGUCCAACAAUUUACGAGGGCUGAAAUCAAUGGCGGGCAGUAUGCUGUUGAAGUGGAAGGAGAGGUGAAGUUGGAAGAUUCUGGCCCGUAUCAAAACGUCGAAAAUCCCGACUAUAAAGUCUCGAAAGGACUUGACUAUGUCACGCGGCACAUGGACGAAUUACGAAGAAUGCCGUCACUUCAUUCAGAAUCGGUCGACUUCUCCCCAACAUCAGAAUUUAAUCAACUGUGUCGGAAUUUGUACAACCAAACCAUGAUGGCCAAACAGGAUCCAGAUCUGCAAGCGUCUAUGUCCAGACUACCAAUUUGGGAAGUCGAGGAAGAACUCGUGAGGAAGAUCAGAAAGGUUCCUGUGAUGCUGCUGUACGGGAAAACUGGUUGUGGAAAAUCCACCUUGGUUCCUCAGUUCAUCUUGGACGACUGCAUGCUUCGCGAUGUUCCAUGCAGGAUUUUCGUCACCCAGCCCAGAAGAAUGGCUUGUAUGACGCUUGCAGAACACGUUUGUCGCUGUCGUGGUUGGCCAUUAGGUAAAAUGGUGGGAUAUCAGGUUGGCGGUGACAAAAGCAACAUUUCUGAUGAGAGCUUGAUCCGGUUUGUUACUCCGGGGUUGCUGUUGAGGCAGAUCAAGCACUUCAAAUCUCCAGAGAUCCGUCAGAUGACUCACAUAAUCGUGGAUGAAGUCCAUGAACGCACCGCUGAUGUUGAAUUACUGCUGAUAUUACUUCGUCGACUUCUUGCCGUGAACAAGAAUUUGCGUCUGAUUUUGAUGUCCGCAACAUUCGACCAGAAGAAGUUUGAAGAUUACUUCGGCUGCGAUGUUUUCCGAUGUGAUAGAGCACUUGAACUUCCCUCGAUGCGAGUAAAUGUGGAAAUGUUCGAGGUUGAGGAAUUUUGGCUCGGAUCCUUCGUCAAAGAUCCUGAAUUUCAGCAUUUGAAGGAACUCUACAAGGAAGAAUUUGGUGCCGAUUUCGACAAGAAUGAUGCCAUUCUAUAUAAUUGGGUGGUUGAUUGCGCAUUGACAAUAAUUGCGCGUUUCAAGUUGACGAAUGAUGCUGAAAGCAUCGUAAGUGAUGAAGAACGUGCACGAGGAUCAGUUUUGGUCUUCCUACCGGGUUAUUCAGACAUUGAAACCUUUUGCCUGCUAUUGGGGAAAAUGGAUCCUUCUAGAAACAAGUGGACAAUCGUUCCGGUCCAUUCAAAAUUGAAACAGGAAGCAGAAAGAACUAUUUUUGCUCCCCCAAUGCCUGGUUACAGGAAAAUCAUCGUCUCCACGAACAUUGCCGAGUCGUCCAUUACCAUUCCGGAUGUCAAAUACAUUAUCGAUUUUGGACUUACCAAGCGGAGUAGCGUUGACAAAGUUUCCAACUUGUCAUUUUUGAAACUCGUUUGGUGCUCUCAAGCCGAAAUCAAGCAACGACGAGGACGUGCUGGACGUGUUCAACGUGGGAAGGUGUACCACAUGAUCCCACUGGAAUUGUUCCAUGAUCUUCCUGAAGAGCCACCACCGGAAAUCACUACAACUCCAUUGACUCGACUCACACUCAUGGCUAAGUCAAUGAGCAUUUGUCACGGAGCAAUCCAAAAUGGCAUCCAGAAAUAUUUAUCUCCGAAGCAAAUUUUUGCUGAAGCCCUCACUUCUCCUGAAGAACAGGACAUCGACUUGUCCAUCUUGACUUUGAAGGAGCUUGGUGGUCUCACAUUGAGCAAUGGACGUAAUCCUAUCGAUCGGUACGAUGGGGAAAUCACGUUUUUGGGCCGAUUGAUGGAUGCGCUGCCCAUUGAUCCUCACCUGUCGCGGUUAGUGGCAAUGGGAAUAAUUCUGGGUGUCCUCGACGAUUGCCUGCGGUUGGCAGCCUUGCUGUCCGUUGAGACCGUCUUCACAAAUCGGUUUAAAGCUGAUGUGCAGCGGUAUUACGCCAGGCUAUGGUGGGCGGAUGGGUCUUUUUCUGACCUUCAUGCCAUGCUGAGAUUGUAUGAGAAAUUCUGUCUGGCCGAUGAUCCAAAAGUGUUCUGCGAAGAAUCUGAUCUGGAUUUCAAAACCAUGAGGGAAGUUGUUUCGAAGCAUGCUGAUUUGUCAACGGCAAUGGAACUAAGUUUUCCCAUCAUUUCGGAAACCACGGCGGAAAUUAAUAUGUCAGACGAGGAGAAGGACUUAUUGCUCAAGAUUGCUUGUUUUGGGGCUUUUUAUCCGAACUACUUUUCAUCUGAGACUUUGAAAACGGAGAGUGAGAUCAAUCGAGCACUGAAGACUGAUUCUGAUCCCAGGAAAACAGUCGUACUCUCCGGCCUGCCUAUAAACUCCAGGGUUUCGUAUGCUGAUCAG